AUUAAAAAAAAUAAUAACAAAUAAGAAAGCCGCAAGAAGGAGAACCCAACCAAAAACCCUCCUCCAUAUUUCAGUCUCUCUUUUUUCUCUUUCCGAACCCUCGUUUCUCUCUCAUUUCUUCUACUUCUCAUACAGCUUUGCUUGCAUUCUCGAUAUAUAUUUUCUGCUUCUGCUUUAUAGCGGAACUCCAAGCUCUUGUUGAUUUGCUUGACUCUUCAAUGGGGGAUGCUGAAAAUGCAACAUCUACUAAGAAGAGGGCUGCUGGAAGGGAGCUAUCACGAGAUAACCCCGGGCUUGACGAUGAUGAAGAUGUUUCUGAGCAAGAGACUGGAACUUUUAAGCGGGCUAGUGAAGAGGUGCUAGCCACAAGAAGAAUUGUCAAAGUACGUCGUGGUUCAACUGCUUCUGCCCCAUCUUCAAAUCCUUUUGCUGGAAUUCGCUUGGUACCUCCAACUGAAAAUAGUGGAAGUGUUGCAGAAGUUAGACGCGAUACAGAGGCAGCUGGUGAGAAAGCAGGUUCAGAUGAGGCAAAUGGAAAAGACAUUCCCCAUGAAAUGACUCAAAAAGAUGGGGAUCAUAGUGAUGAUCCAGUCCAAUCUAAAAUUGACACAUCAGAGGCCAAGUCUGUUCCAAAGGUGCAGCCUGUCGAUCAGAAUAGCACUGUUUCAAGUGAAUCUGCCAUAUCUAAGGUAGAUGAUAACCUAGUUUCUGAAAGCAAUAAGAUUGAAAAUGAAGAACCAGUGGGAGGAGACAAGACCGGCAAUGAGGAGCUUGUAAGAGACGCUGAGAAGGAAUCUGAGAAUGAUGAAUGUGCAAGUGGUAAUAAGAAUGAAGAUGCAGAUCCUGAAAGAGGUGAUAAGAACGAAAGUGAAGAACCCAGUGAAGGAAAUGAGAUUCAAAACAAGGAAACUGGGGAACUAGAAAAAACAGAAAGUGAAGAAAACAAAGAAGACAAAAGUGAAGGAGAGCCUAGUAAGGAGGCUGCUCCUUUGAACUCAUUCCAACAAUUAUCGAGCAGCCAGAAUGCGUUCACUGGUCUUGCGGGUACUGGAUUUUCGACAUCUACAUUCUCCUUUGGUAACAUACCUAAGGAUGGGGUUGGCCUAACUACUAGUUUUGGUCUCUCUAAUAAUGGGAGCUCCGCCCUCUUUGGUACUUCAGGGUCUUCCAUUGUUUCCAAGAGUGAGAAAAGUGGCUUUCCAUCAAUGCAAGAGGUCGCAGUUGAAACUGGUGAAGAAAAUGAAAAAGUGGUUUUCAAUGCUGAUUCUAUAUUGUUUGAGUUCAUCGAUGGAUCAUGGAAAGAACGUGGAAAGGGGGAGCUGAAAGUCAAUGUCCCUACGAGUGGGAUCGGCAGAGGGAGGAUUCUUAUGAGAGCUAGGGGAAAUUACAGGUUAAUUUUGAAUGCAAGUCUUUACCCUGACAUGAAGCUCACAAACAUGGACAAGAGAGGUAUCACCUUUGCCUGCAUGAAUAGCACCAACGAUGGGAAGGUUGGUCUCUCAACAUUGGGUGUGAAGUUCAAGGAUGUAUCCAUAGUGGAGGAGUUUCGAGCAGCAGUCACCGAGCAUAAAGGUAAAGCUUCUUCUACAGUUCUGAAAACGCCUGAGAAUUCUCCUUAAGAACUCGACGAUCUGAAAGUUACACAUGGUGAAGAAAAGGUGCAUAUUUUCUACUCUGUAGUGGGAGCAUCUAUCUCGAAGGACAGCUCAAGCAAGUAGCUUUUUUUUUCUUCCGGUUCGGCGUACCAUAAGCCAUUAUGUAGCAGAGUCAUAGAAUCUUACUCAUUUUGUUGUAGCUGUAUUUGUCAUAAUAGACUCCUCUUCUACGCAUAUCUUUUGGAUGGAACAUAUCUUGAGGCUUGAAUAUGCUCCCAAACCAUGGAAUUGGCAGAAUCUCAUAAUUUUCCAUUUAACUUUGCGAUAUGAACCAGCUUUCGUGCCCUCUAAGAUUGAAUAUUUUCUUCACAUAUAGAAAGGCAAAAAAGAAUGAAAUGGAAAAAUGCUACUUCUGUUUGGA